CCGGCGAGUCGGUUCUGUAUCGCGUCGAGUUCCUCCCCGUGUUUACGCUCACGUCAAACUUACAAUACCAAAUGGAAACUCGAAGAAACUGCUGAAUAUUUUGUGUGACUCUUGUGAAUCUGUGUGGGUAAAACCAUGGACAAAAAAAGUUCACCGUCGCCAAAGGAAGUGAAAAAAGAAAACGAUGAGGAAAUCAAGGAUUUUGCAGAGACUGCUAUGAACGAGCUGCUCGGCUGGUACGGGUACGAGCGACUUGAGAUGCGGCGCUGGGCGGCAUCGCGCGCGAAGGACGCUGCCAGCCCUGAGCAAACUGUAGAAAAACCUAAAGCGGAGGAGUGUUCGUGGUGCAACAAGUGUAUCACAUCAGAGAGUGGAGCGCUGCAGCAGGCCGGCGCCACCUUCUGCUCAGAGCUAUGCUUCAGCCAGUCCAGGAGAGCCAACUUCAAGCGCGCCAAGACCUGCGACUGGUGCCGGCAUGUCAGACAUACGGUCGCCUAUGUGGAUUUCCAGGACGGCGCUACACAGCUUCAGUUCUGCUCGGACAAAUGUCUGAACCAGUACAAGAUGCACAUAUUCUGCCGGGAGACGCAAGCUCACCUCGAUCUCAACCCCCAUCUGGUGAGCGCCUCCUCAUCGUCCAAUCUCAUCACACCGGAGCUAUGGCUGAAGAACUGCAAGAGCCGGUCAGCCACACCCAACUCAGAAAGAUCCUCCUCACCUAACCCGGAGAAAAAUAGCAACGACACAACGGAGACUUCGAACCAUUCGAGACAGUCGCCUCUACCGUUGAUAACAGUCACACCAGCGGCCAAAUUAAUGAACAAGAGCAAGGAGAAACCAGCGCAGAAGUCGCCCGAAGCGAAGAAAGAGGCAAAGACUCACAAAAUCAACCUCCGAAAACGGAGAGUCUCGAGAUGCUCAGCGACAGUCACUUCGCAGACGAUCCGACAGUCCACGCCGAAAGCGCAGGACAUGAGGAUGCGGAGUCCCUCGAUAGACGGAUCCUCGCCCGUUUCCUCGGUCACCAUAUCCAACAGUACCUUACAUUCGCCGCCUAAUACGAUCAACCCACCGAUACCCCCGCAAUUCCCCAACCCGAUGUUCGGGAUGCCUCCUCCAUUUUUGGAGCCACAUUUGAACGACCACAGACCACCGAUGUUUCCGCCUAGAUUGCCGUUCAUGCCGCAUCUGCCGGGAAUGAUGCAGGAGAGGCCGCGGAUAAACCCUCCCUUGAACUUCCAGGGUCCGUUGGGGCAGCCUCCACCGGUGACAGUGCUGGUUCCAUACCCCGUCAUACUGCCGGUCCCGCUACCUAUCCCGAUACCGAUCCCGAUGUCGGCGUUCCUCCAAGCGCAUUGUGUGAGCAAAGUGAAAACCGAGAAGACCGAUUUGAACGACGACUCGGAGGGCCCGCUCGAUUUCACCAUGAACAGUGAAAAGAAUAAGGAAACUCAGAGUGCAGUUCCAAAUGCAGAGGCGAGUAAAGAUGAUCCUAAAAAUGAAGAAGCCAUGAAGCGGAUAUCCGAGGAGAGAAGUACCGAAGCCGUUGAGAACAACCUGGAGCAGACGCUACCCAAAUUCAAAAUAACUAGACUAGGAAACAAAAUGGCGAAAAUCGUUACGAAGACCAGAGAUUCAGAAUCUUCCAGACCUUUACGAAAAAGACGGAGACUCGUGGAAGUGGCGAGCGAAGACGACCCCCUUAUCCCAAAAAAUAGAAAAAUUGUACAAGUCUAAAUUAAAAUAAUAAUAAUAAGUAUAAUAAUCAUCAAAACAUAUCAUAGAAGUUUUUAAGAAAUAUUUCGGACUUCUCUGAGAAUGCUAGUCUUAGUUGUAAGUUAUGAUUUAUUGAAUCUAUGUUAUAUUCUGUUAAUAGGCACUGUAAAUGUGAUACUACUGUA